UAAACAGCGGCAUUUGGGAGGAGAAAAGCGACAUUCUUCCAGCAUUAAAGUUGAGCUAUCACCAUCUUCCAUCUCAUCUGAAACAGUGCUUUGCUUAUUGUGCAAUUUUUCCAAAAGAUUACGAAUUCGAUGAGGAUGAGUUGGUUCUACAAUGGAUGGCAGAGGGAUUUCUACAGCACGCACAGGAAAUGAAGCAAAUGAAACGCUGGGGUCAUCGAUAUUUCCAUGAUUUAUUAUGGAGAUCCUUUUUUCAACAAUCUACUGGCAAUAAAUCACGAUAUGUGAUGCAUGACCUGGUCAAUGAUCUAGCUAAAUCUGUAAGUGGAGAAAUAUGCCUUCAUUUGGAGGAUGAUGGGUUGAAGGGCAUAAAAUCACAUGCAAACGUUCGCCAUUCAGCAUUCACUUGUCAUCGCUAUGACAGGUACCAAAGAUUUGAAGGCUUUUAUGAGAUGAGUAAUCUGCGAACAUUCUUAGCAUUAUCCACUCAUCAAUGGGAACAUAAUUUUUUAUAUAUUAGAGUGGUGCAUGACAUAGUGCCAAAACUGAAACGUUUAAGGGUGCUAUCAGUAGCUCAAUACAGGUUUGAAGAGUUGUCAAGUUCAAUUGGUGCCUUAAAGCAUUUACGAUAUCUUGACUUGUCUUACAACACUGGGAUUAUAAGAUUGCCUAAUUCACUGAGUAAUCUUCAAAACUUGCAGACACUGAAGUUAUGUGGGUGUCGCAAUCUUAUUGAGUUGCCGACAGGCAUUGGCGCUUUAAUCAAGUUGAUGCACCUCGAUCUUAAAGGUACGGAGGCUUUGCAGGAGAUGCCAUUGGGGGUAGCUAAUUUGAUAAAUCUUCAAACAUUGUCUAAGUUUAUGGUGGGAAAAGGAAGUAAUUGCCUUGGAAUUAGAGAGCUAAUGAACCUCCCUCAUCUAGAAGGACAACUUCGUAUUGAAGAGCUACAGAAUGUGGCAAGGAAUGAAGGUACAAAUCUCGUUGAUUUAAAGAAGAUUGAGAAUCUUGGUGAUUUGGCCUUGGUAUGGACCGAUAAAUUGCGUGAUUCACCAUGCGAAGAGGAUCAUGAAUUCCAGGUUCUCAACAUGCUAGAACCUCAUCAAAAGUUGGAAAGGCUUUUGGUUCGAUUUUAUGGCGGUAAGAAAUUUCCUUUGUGGAUAGGAGAUCCUGCAUUCACAAAUAUGGUGGAUCUAGAGCUCUCUAAUUGUCGGAAUAUUACGUUGCUACCACCACUAGGUGGACUACCUAAACUUGAAAAGCUGAGCAUCAAAGGCAUGGAUGAACUGCUAGAAGUAAGGCUUGAGCUUUCCCCGUCUCUUGAGAUUCUAGAAAUUGAGGAUAUGUUGAAGUUGAAGCAAUGGGCUCACUCUGAUGACGUCAAUGUAGAGGUUACAAGAAAAUUUCCUAGACUAAGUGAAAUUACGAUAUUCAAUUGUCCUAAAUUGGUUGUGACAUUGCCUACCUCCCUUCCUUCCCUUGAGGAAUUGGACAUUUGUGGAUGUCAAGAUAUUAUUCUCGAAAGUGUGCAUGACCUAUGUUCCCUUCAAAACUUGUCCAUUCGGCGUAUUUCAGCGCUUGAAAAUUUACAUCAAGUGGUUACGCAGUCCUUGGUGGCGCUAGAAAAUCUGUCUGUUGUUAAUUGCAGCCAAUUGAUACACCUGUGGCAGGGUUCAACUAAUUUAGACAAACUUUCUUGCUUGAAAUCUUUACGGAUCGUAGGUUGUCAGAGGCUAGUGUCAUUGGUAGGAGGAGAAGAAGGGAAUUUGCCUUGCAAUCUUGAAAUUUUGAAAAUAUGGGAAUGCGAUGGAUUGGAGAAUCUGCCAAAUGGGUUGCAAACCCUCACAUCUCUUAGAGGGCUGAGCAUCCAUUGGUGUCCAAAACUUGUGUCCUUCCCAUCUGCAGGUUUACCUUGUAGUCUUAAAAGUCUCGAAAUCGUAUAUUGUCCUUCUCUGAAGUCCUUGCCUCAGGGCAUUUUGCAUGAUAGUAACGCCAGGAAUGAGAUAUCUCAUCUUGAGGUUGUGAGUGUCGGUGGAUGUCCAUCUCUUACAUCGCUUCCAAUUGGUGAAUUUCCCUAUUCAAUUAAAAAUAUUGACAUUUGCUUUUGGACGACUCGACUUUUGGAUUCAUUUCAUAAUAGGUUCUCGAAUCUCACCAAAUUAGCAAUAUAUGACUCUGAGUUGGAGUCUUUCCCAGAAAGUGGAUUGGCCAUCCCAAACCUUAGCCGUUUAACCAUCCGCAACUGUGGGAAUUUGAGGCUGCUUCCCAAUCAAAUCCAAAAUCUCACAUCUCUUCACGAUUUAGAGAUACAUAGUUGUGGAGAUCUGGUGUCCUUUCCAGAUGAGGGUUUACCUCCAAACCUUACUUCUUUAUCCAUAUUGCGGUGUGAGAAUUUGAGAUCUCUUCCCAAUCAAAUGCAAAAUCUUACAUCUCUUCAACGUUUACAAAUGUGUAACUGUGGAGGUCUGGUGUCCUUUCCAGAUGGCGGUUUACCUCCAAAACUUGGUCGUCUUACAAUUUCGAAUUGCAAGAAUCUGAAACAGCCAAUCUCAGAGUGGAGACUCAAAACACUCGCCUCUCUCACCUGUCUCACAAUCGCAGGGCCAUGUCCAAGUACAGAUAUGGAUUCCUUCCCAGAUGAGAAGGGCCCAUUGCUUCCCUCUUCCCUAACCUCUCUUCAGAUCGGAGAUUUUAAAAAUCUGAAAUCAAUAUCCAGGGGCAUUCACCAUCUCACCUCUCUUGAUGCAUUAGUAAUUCGAAAUUGCCCUAAACUCCAGUCCUUUCCCAAGGAAGGCCUCCCAAGCACGCUUGAAAGCUUGGCAAUCUUCGAGUGUCCCCUCCUGGAAAGACGAUGCAGAAAAGAGAAAGGAGACUAUUGGCGCUUUAUUGCCAAUAUCCCCAGUUUCAUACAAAAGAGCCCUGAAAUACAGUGAGGUCUGCAAAAACCGGGACUGCUUAGGAGUCUGAGAUUGUCAUAAUCGUCUCAAAUCCAAUCCCUGCUGGUAAGGAUAAAACUUUCAUGGAUUAUUUUCUAUGUUUUUGGUUUCUACAAUCUACAACUGUAAUUUUAUAAAGACUGCUAUUAGUUAAGCUUGCAGAGUUUGGUGAGAUACUCCAAAUUUUCUACUGAUGUUUUAUUUUCAGAUGUUAUUCAGCCAUGUAUAUUUUCACUUAGCAUAUCUAAUCCUAGGAGGGGUGUAUGGGGGAGGCCUGUUGGUCGGGUUUAGAUGGAUUAGUUAUGUUAAGUUUUCCUGGAUGAUGUUUUUAAUAAUAAAUUUUAAUUUUCAAAAAAAAAAAAAAAAAAAAAAAAAAAAAAAAAAAAAAAAAAAAAAAAAAAAAAAAAAGACUACAAUCCUGUUUCUGCUACAUAUGACUAUAAUGAGCAUUGUUACCAAUUUAUCA